UGAGGCUCGUUCUUCGGCUCCUCUCACACGGCGCCGUUCCCUCGUGCGGCUGAAUACUCUCUGGCGCCACCGCCACAUCUCAGACGGGCUCACAGGCGGGACUGAGCUUAGGCCAUUGCAGCUUCUCUCUACUUGAACAUGUCUUCCUUCAAGAACGCCAUUCCCAGACGAGCUCACAAAGAGCGUGCUCAGCCGUCCUCGAGGAAAAAAUUUGGCCUUCUCGAAAAGCACAAAGACUAUGUCGUCCGUGCAAAAGCAUUCCAUAAAAAAGAGGAGGCUAUACGGAAACUUAAAGAGAAAGCGGCAUUCAGAAACCCAAAUGAGUUUUAUUUCAAAAUGAUCAGAUCAAAAGUGGUUGAUGGAGUUCAUAGACCCGAGAGUGAAGCAAAUAAAUAUACCCAUGAAGAGCUUAUGCUGAUGAAGACCCAAGAUAUAGGAUAUGUUCUUCAAAAAGUUCAGAGUGAGAGAAAGAAGGUUGAAAAGUUAACUGCUUCAUUGCACUUUGUUGAUCACCAACCGUCUGGGCACAUUUACUUUGCUGAGGACAGGAAGGAAGCUAAAGAGAUGAAGUCACAAGUUAAGGGAAGUAAGAAUCUCGAGUCAAGUGAUGUUCCUGACGAGAUUAAGAGGCGAACAGCUGCCUCUUAUAGAGGGUUAGAAGAAAGGAAGAAUAGGCUGAGUCAACUGGAGCGAAUAUACAAUGAUAUGGCAAUGCAGAAGGAGCUACAGAAGAAAGGUCGGAAACGGAAACUACGUGAAGAUGAGAUUGUCUGUCCAACAUCAAGACCGGUGUACAAGUGGCGAUUUGAGAGAAAACGAUAAUAAUUCCUAGUGCUCUGACCUACAUUUUGGUAUACCCCAGCCCCGUCCUUGGAGGUGUUUCAUUUGGGUCCAGCCUUAACUUGCCUGUAUACAUUAGCGGAUUAGUGGAUUGUGAUACAAAAUUACAAAUUUGUAUCUUGUUGCAACGUUGACAUUGAUAUUUCAUUGAAUUUUACUUUUUGUUUGGAUAAGAAGAAAAAUAGUAAGGA